AUGGCUCCGAUCCCGAUCACCAUCAUCACGGGCUUCCUCGGCAGCGGCAAGACGACGCUGAUCCUCAACCUCCUCCCCCAACUGCGCGCCACCAACCCAUCAUACAAGCUCGCGCUUCUCAAGAAUGAAUUCGGCGAUCUCGCAAUCGACUCACAACUAGCCUCCAGCUCGGCCAUUUCGGGCGUACAGGAACUACUCAAUGGCUGCAUCUGCUGCAACCUCGUCGGUCAACUGGCUCCCGCCCUGUCCGAACUAUGCGAAACCCAGUCCCCCGACCGCGUCGUCAUCGAGACCUCCGGCUCGGCUUUUCCGGCAACACUGGCUAUGGAGGUGAAUCGCCUGGCGAGGGAAACGGACAAAUACGUCCUCGAUGGCGUCGUGAGCGUUAUUGAUGUCGAGAAUUGGAAAGGCUACGAGGACACGAGUUACACGGCGCGCAUCCAGGCGCGGUACACGGAUCUGGUUGUUUUCAACAAGUGGGAAGUCUGCGACGAGAGGAGGUUCGACGAGUGUCUCGACCGGGUCGGCGAUCUCGAGGUUGACAUUGCCUGGGUCAAGAGCGACAAGGGCCGUGUGCCUGCCGACGUCAUCUUUGGCGUCGAUGGUGGACUUGCUCAAGCGCUCGAGGAUGAAAGCGGGCUGGUCAAGAGCGGACACGACGACCAUGCUCAUGGUGACCACAAACACGACCACCAGACAGAGGUAGAGGUAUUGUCAGUGACUCUGCAAGGGCCCAAGGGAGCUGCCGUGGACUCGAACAAGUUGAUGGCACUUUUGAAAGCGGCUCCAAAAGACGAAGUGUACAGGAUAAAAUCAGUUCUGACGGCUUCAUCUACUGUAAGAAACUCGGGAGACGAUGAGUCGCUACCCACACCGCCGCAUCCCCCAAAUCGAUAUAUUCUGAACUGGGCAUUUGGACGUUGGACAUUCACACCCCUGAGUGCCGAUGGCGAGCAUGUUUCCAGUGAUCAGCUGCUUUUGCGUAUGACUUUAAUUCUAGCCAGAUAUGAGAGCACAAAGUGGAAAAAGAAGCUAGAGUCUGGUGGAUUUCUAGAGAUAGAUGGAGGGGAAAAGGGGGAACUGACAAUCUCCAAGAUUGCUUGA